AUGUUUGGUGGAUAUCAACAAUUGGGAAAUCAAGCCGGUUUCGGAAAUUAUGGUGGAAGUCUCGGUGGUACAGGAGCUUCUCCUUGGGGCUUCGGAGUUCCAAAUUACAGUAAUUUCAAUACUCCAAACUACUUUAGUGCCGCUACUCCACGUUAUGAUGGUUCUGCUGCUACAGGCUAUGGUGGUUUUGAUGCUUUUGGAGGUUAUGGACGUGUCUUCGGUUCACCAUAUGGAUAUGGUCCUCGUUGA